AUGACGGAGCGCGCGGCCGCUGCGGAGGUGCUAGAGGAGGAGAAACAAGGCGGCGCCGGCGUGGCGGAGCGGAGGACCAGGCGCGGCUACAGACACGAGAGGCCGCCGCUGCCGCACGAGCACUCGCCGUCGCAAGUCCUGCCGCCGGUGAGCAAUCGGGAGCACAUCGACAAGGUGGCCAGAUUCGUGGCGGAGGAGGAAGACUUCCAGGUGGAGGAGAUCCUCCUCAAGUUGCUCAGGCUCACGAGGAACCAGGAGCGGUGGGGCUUCCUGUCCGCCGAUGAUCCGCAUCACGCCUACUACGGCCGAAGGGUCGCCGAGCGGCGGCGGACGAUCCUUGGCAACAGCCGAUGGCCACCAUCGGAACCGCUUGCGGUACGGCCGCCGCCGCAACGUCCUUGA